AUCUAAGGAUUAGUCAACCACCGGGUGAAAUAUUUGACACUGAUUUGACUUAUAAUUGUCGUCAGAUUAUCGUUAUUGUUCUACAAUUGUUUUAGGCUGUCAUUGCAAAACCCUAAUUCCACAUCGUAAAACUCUUGCGUCUUUUUCUUGCCUCGUUGACUUAACGCAGAGUUUCUAACUUAACCUAAAGGUUUCUGUGGUCGAAAUAUUUUGAUAAACGGUUUUGACGUCUUUGAAUAUUGACUAAGAAUGUUGAUAGACUGCUAUAUUUUUUUAAAAGGUUCAACUUGGAUGGUUAUCUGAACUCUUCAGAAUGUCURCCAAUUGUACAAACACAAUGGCCCACGCCGCAUGGGAUAAAACAGGACUCAGCAUUUUCUGAACAAGAAUAGAAAACAUACCGCUCUAAAUUGCGAAACCUUUUACAUUUUUGUAGAACACGUUAAAGCGUUUUUUUACUAAACUUUUUUUCGGCAUUGCGUCAAUUCCCCGAGGGCCUUAAACCACGGAUGAAUUCUCAAAGCUGAUUGCAUUGUUUGAAAGUUUUUCAAAGUAUUUGCAUAGAGAAAUAUAACAGCAUGUUUCUCACGGGAAUUCUUUGAACCUUGACGAAAUGAUGGAACAAGCUCGAAGUCCAGAAGUUUCAUUCAUCAAGGAAGAGCAUUACCUCUCAGAAAAAAGGAGUUUUUGACUUGACCUAACGUUGCUGAAGUUUAUGCAUCAAGUACGUGUGACCUCAAGGUAUUAAUGAUAUUUUAACGUGCAAGACUUUGUUUAUGUUGAGAGCUUUGAUGUGGACAACGAGCGGACUUUCCGACAACAAUGUGGAAAUUCAGAACAGCUUAGAUGAUAUUUCACAUGAUUGUUUCUGAAAAUAGACGCGGAAGAGAUGGACUCUGGAUCGAAUGACGUAGUUGUCAAAACAGAUGAAAUACAAUCCAGUUGUAACGCGAUUCCAACGAACGCCAGACACGAGAAAGAAUCCUUUCAGGAAUGUGGAUAUCAAAAUUUAUCCAACAGCUCUGGUUUGGAAUAUGGAGCCAACAGCGAAGCCAAAUUACAUAGAAAYUGUGAUAACAAUGAAGACAGAGUAAAGUCCACUGCUAUGGAGCGAAGUUUUAUGAUUAUUGACAAAAAUUCAGGGACAUUUGUAACCGAAUUGAAUGAUGAGUCCGAGUUGGCUUCUUCGCUCGUUUCUAAAUCGGAUAUGAAAGAAUUUGAGCAAAAUUCUUCAGACUGUAAUGGAAAUUAUGAUAAACUUAAGACUUUGAAUGAUCAGARGGGAAGUAUUCRUGGAUUUGAUGCCAMAAUUUCUUCGUCUUUGUCAGCCUUYGAAGAYGAUGAUGACAGCYCAUUUGAUGGUCACCCUGUAGUUUCUUUUGGAAGCCAGCAUGAGAUUGUUGCUUUAUACCAAGGAACGUCAUCAAAAACUUCUAAUUUUAAGAAAAGGUCUGGUAGUUUAGCGAGCCAGACUAAUUCAUCUACACAAGGACAGAUACCAGAUCAUUCAAGUACGUCCUCAAACCMCUUUGAUCUAGAAGCCGAAGAACUUUUUCCAUUCUUUGAUGAUGAUGACACCCCGAGUUCGAACUCGGAUGGUGGGUUGGAAUUUGAUGUUUUUGACUCUCAGAUCCAAGGCAACUCGCAAAAGAGUAGGACUUCGUCUUGGAGCAAUACACCGUUUUUCGAUAGACCUUUAUUGACAGAUGAUGACUUCCAUCAGGAUUUUCAUCGAUCAAUUAAAGUCACUGACAUYGAUUCUUUGUUUACGCAGCAAAAUGUCAGUCUCGACGAAAAUGAGGAAGAAAUGGAGGUUUUCAGAAGUGAAGUUAAUGAACGAGAAAAACAAGACGAUAAAACGAUGGAAGAAGGUACAACAAAUCCAGAGGAUGAACUUUUUAAUCUUUUUGCAUCCGAAAUGACACGAAAUGACAAAAGAACACGCAAUUUUGAGCGACUAAUCUUCAAUUCCAAUGACAGCAUUUUGGAUGUCGAGGAAGUGAUCACUCCCGAGGAAUCUCCACGCGAGAACGUUAAUCUGAACAAUUUGUUUCUUGAGGACUGCGCCAAUGAGGACAAAAUCAUCCCAAUUGUUUUAAAUAAAAAGCACAACCUCUUUGAAGAUUUUUUAUUUCAGGAAAGCGUUUCAACCACAGAACGUAAAGAUGCGGAAAGCACGCAUGGUUCGAAUUUCCUUGGCAUGAGAAAUGACCAAACUGCUUGUGUUUCCCUGGACAGCAACGAAAGGAGUGAAUUACUUGAUGACAAAACGACGGAAGGUGAUACGGACAUCUCUGUUAAUGAUCUCAAGAUGAACGGCGUUGAUAUCAUCACAGCUURCCAUAAUGAUGACGAUGACAAACUGUGUAAAACUGUUGAUAAAGAUGAUGAAAUGAUUAUUAGUAACUCUGAUCGUGAGGAAAUCGAAGUUGUAUGCGUUUUACAAGAAGACAGUAGCGAAAUGAAUGCCGGCGGUGYUGYGGRAAGGGUUAACGAUGAUGGUGGUGACAUUGUUGGCCUUGAGRAAAUAGAAGUGUCAUGUGUUGUUCAAGUUGCUAGUAGUUUUAAUGAUAGUGGUGAUAAUGAUGCUGUUGUCUKCGGAGAAACAGGUUCAURUGUUGUACAAGUYGAUGGUAAGGAACUCCAUGCCAGUAGCGUUGCAAGUAGUUUUAAUGGUGGUGGAGGCGUAAGUAGUAGUGAUGUAGUAAGUGCAUAUAAUAGUGCAGGAAGUUGCUAUGGUAAUAAUGAUGACACCGCUGGUCAUGAGGAAGCAGAAGUUGAAUAUGUUGUCAUUCAAGUGGACGAUAGAGAAGUAACUCUUUGUAAUGGUGAUGGUACUAGUAGUGGCGAUAGUGUUGAGUGUAGUGGUAAUACUAGUGGUGAUGUUCAUGAGAUUAGCAAUUYUGUUAGUAAUGGUGACGGUGUUGGUAGCCUUAUUGAAGGUUUUGGUAGUGGUGAUGGCCCUAGUAGUUGUAAUGGCGAUUUCAGUAGAAAUAAUCAUGUCAUUGAUCAUACAUAUGGUGGUAAAGACUUCAAUAAAGACGACGAUUAUGGAUUAUCUGAAGAAGACGAUUCUGGUAGUGCCAGUUUCGUUGUUUAUCCAGAAAUCAUUGUAAAAGCCUUGCAGUCGACAGAUUCUGCUGGUGCUGGGGACAUUUGCCAGGACAUUGAUACCAACAACGAUGCGAGUGAUUGUCAAGUUGUACACCAUGUCGAGACUCCAAAUGAAAGCUGUGGAAAAAGUUUGUUUGUUGACAGUGUUAGUGGGAACACAAUCAUCUGUACUGAUGAUGACGACAAAACGAUUUUAAUUGAAAAUGACGUCAGAGAGAAUGUUAAUGAACAAAACACCAUCAAAUCAAAAUCCGCUUUUGAUUUGAAGAGUUCCGAAGAAAGCACGAAUUCUAGACGGAAAUCAUCCGGAAGCGAUUCGGAUCAUUUACGGAUGCUCAARAAUAUGACAGUGACUGAUCAGUUGCUUAAAGCUCAUUCACACAAUCCGCGUACUUCCGAAGAUACGAAAGCUUCCGAAAACACACUCGGGUACCUCUCGGACAAAAAUCGUACGGAAUUGUCACUAGACGAACGAAUUUUGAAUGUUAAUCGAUCGAUUGACUGGGUACGGAGCGUUAUCAUGGAGAUGCGAACACAGGAUUUGACGUUAAAAAUUCAGUUUGAUGGACUCCGGCAAGAGAUAAGAAAUCUUCAACACGAGUUUGAACAUUACGGCGUUGAUUGUGAUUACUAUAAAGACGAUGAACUUCUAAAUCUGGAAUAUUUGGACUACAAAACGGACGAACAAAAAACUCACAUCAACACCAACACCGCGUUACGCGAGGACAGCGGUUAUCACUCUGAUACUUCGUCGGUAUCGGACUCAAAGGAUUAUGGGAAGGGCAAGGUUGCCAACGUUACCAAGGCCAAAUAUUUGUACGAACCUAUCCCGUCAUUCCCAAAGGUGAAGACGCUGACCAGUAGUAAAUGUGUCUUUGAAAUUGUCCUGUAGGAUAUUUUUCAUUGGAUAGUUUUAAGUAUUAAUACUCACUUUGAAUAAUUUUCCUUCGUCCGUGAAAGAAUAGUUAGUAGUUCGCUUUUGUCAUUUUAUCGAUUAGAGUGCAUUAACAGACUCGUACCCAGUCGCUUCUCCGGCUUUUUUUAGAGACGCGCAAUGCAUCAAGGGAAGGGCGAAGGGAAAGCGCGAAGCUUUUUUUGCGAAAAAUAAGGAGUAACGACUGGGUACGAGUCUGGUGCACUAAAAGCGUGAAAAGUGGACGCACUUUAUCUUUAUUUUUCACGUUUUUCGUUGUCUUGUAGGUGAAUCACCCUUCAUUACAAUUUUACACUUUGACUAUUACACUGUUUCACGGGUUUAUGAUAACCGCCUUCAAAUUAAAAUGUAAAUUUUUGACAACUAGUACAUAUGGUCAAACGUUAACUCAAAUGUUAAUGAACUCAAUCGAACUCGAUGCAAAGUGUUAACGAACAAAAGCAAAAAAAAUGGAGUACAUGUAAAACUGUUUGGGUACAUGUGACAUGCGACGUUUGAUCCAGGUCUAAAGUCUAUGCCCUGUUUUGAUAUUUGGAGCUCGAGAAAUGUCUUAACAUAGCUUCUCCCGAUGAAAAAUUGGAAUGAAAUAAUAUUCUGUGUAUAUUUUCUAGGCAUUUUGACUUCAUGCAACCUUCUUGCUUGCAAAUGACACGUUUAGUGCAAUACUCUAGUUUCGAGAUCUUAUUUCUGCAGCCUUAACCUCGAAAGCAUGUAAUAUCCUCUCUUGAUUCAGCACAGAUCCUAUUGUAAUGCAAACAUUCUGUGUACAAAGAAGACAAUAAAGAUUUAUGCUUGAAGCUAAGCUUGCACAAAAGAGACUUCGAAACUGGAGUAUUUAACCAUUUUUGUUCAAAAAUGCAAACCUUAGUUUCAGACACAAUCCACAAUAGCUAUACAAACGUAUUAGCUUUUAUUAGUUUAUUUAUAUAGAUCAAUUAGAAUAAAGCAAGCUGGAAUAUUACAAUUAAAAAAAAUUCUCUAUUUUACUACAAAUCAUGGGCGGCAUCUUGGAUUUCAUUUUCAUAGUUUUUGGUUCAUUWUYAUGCAAUUUCGACCUGUGGCAUCACAGGACCGUACUGAGAURAUGGGAUAAGAUUAUAUGUAGCAGAUCGGUAGAAAAUACGUAUUGGUUGGUUGGUUGGUUGGUUGGUCACAUGGCGCUGCAGUGAGGCGAAAGCAGCAGCUUGGAAUAGAAAGAGUAGGAGCACUUAUCUGCUUUCUGGAAUAAAGAGAUGAUGGUGAUG